AUGGCAGGUGAUGACUACUACACCACCUAUGAAGCUGCCCUUGCUGUGGUAGCCACAGGCAUGAAAAAGGCCCGGCUUCCAUACAAUAUCCUUGUGCUCAACUCAAUCUUGGGCGGCAUGUUCUUUCUGACUGGGGGUAUGCUUCAGAUAAUGAUCGAGGGCAAUCUACCGGGAAUCAAUGCCAACAACCCCGGAAUCGCUCGUAUGUUGAAUGGUUUGUUUUACCCCAUCGGGCUUUUCUUCGUGGUUCAAAUGGGGGUGGAUUUGUUCAACUCCAACAUCUUGUUUUUCACUGUGGCUAGCUGCCGGAAGGCGGUGACGAUUAUUGACUUGAUUAUUGCAUGGAUUACCAGUUACUGGCUCAACCUCGUGGGGAACAUCUUUGUAUGUUAUAUUUUUGUACACUUUCUGGGUCUGUUUGACGAUCCAAGAGUGGUAGAAUUCUCACGACAAAUCGUGGACCAACGAGCUAAUACUCCAUUCCAUCAAACGUUAAUCAGAGGUAUUGCAGGUAACUUCUACGUGUGUUUGGGUAUAUACCUACAGUUGCUUGCCCGGCCGGUUCACGUCAAGCUUCUCAUGUUGGCGCUCCCCUUGUUCACCUUUGUGCUGUUGGGAUUUGUGCACCUGAUCGCUGAAAUUACUGUUGGCAUCAUCGGUCUCAUCAAUGGUUGUAACACUCUGGUGGGGAAGGUUGCCUAUAACUUAUUUUUACCAGCCCUGAUUGGGAAUAUGAUUGGGGGACUGGUAUUUGGUGUGGUGGUGGUUUGGUAUCUCCAUUUAUACUCGGUUGAGCUCGAUGCUAAACGACUCAAAUUGCCUAGGCUCGGGGCGAAGGACGUCCAGCCCAAUAUCUUGAUGGACUCGCGGAUUGUUCGUGAAGAGAUGCCCGCUACUGCGGCUGAUCCUACUGGGGAUGAGCGUGUGGAUGCGUUGUAUCACCAAGCGGAGAAGCUUUCUAAGAAUGAAGACCAUCCACCGGAAUUGGCCCGUAAAGCUACGGGGGCUCUGCGGCGAAGCAUGGCUCUGUUACGGCGCACCAAACUGCCGCGCAAUGUAUUUCCUGUUGCGGGUAUGGCACCCGCAGACGAACGUGAAUUACGGUUUGCAGGUAAUGAAGAUGAUGAUGAUGACAACGAUAAUGAUGCUGACUCAGCGGACGCAGACUUGUUUGGCGAAAGGAUCAGGCGAUAUGUGACUGGCAUUCGAAAUAAACGUAAGCUGAUCACUCACCAGGACAUCGAGCUGCAUUUGAAUCAAUCGUUUCAACCCCCUUCCAGCACCGUACGGCUGGAUUCUCCAGUUGUGAAACCCGACCGCGACGUGCCGUAUGAACCUUCAAUUGACUCGUCGCUGUCAUAA